AUUUUUAGGAGUGAAGGGUGACAACACAGAUGUUCAGUUUUGUCAGACUCACCAAAGAAGUCUUGAAAUACUUUAAAAGAUUGAAGGUCAACACCUUGUGACAUUAACUUGCUUUUGUAAAAUAUUGAUUAACUAUUAUCAAAACAUUUUCCAAGCAGAAUAGGAAAAGGGAUAAGUUCUAUAGAUGUUGCCCCCGACAGUGAGUUUCCACUCACUUAUUAUUUAAAAAGGAAUGUUUUUAAUGAAGCUGACACCAUGCUUUUAUGGCAUCAAAAGAGCUUCCGAUUUUUUCACAGCACUGAUGAAAAUAUUAUUAAAAAAUCCAUAUUAUUUACUUCCCAAAUCAAAUUAUAAAUUGCCCCAUUAUAAAUUUGUCAUUUUAAAUAAUUUCGUAAACAUUUCUUCAGUUUAAUAUUCAGCACAGCUGCUGACAUGUAAUGUGUGUCAGUUUGAAGUUGCACCUGCUGAGUGAAAAAAAAAGAAAAAAGAAAAAUGAGUGUGAAAUCAGAAUGUUUGCACCAAGCUGGCCUUGUGAUAGCAGAGAAAGCUUAAACACUUGAAUCAGAGACACAGCAGUUAGACGGACCACAUAACUUCAACCUCAGAGCACCACUGCAGCGCUCGUCUCGUUUGUGUUGUGGACUGUUUGUGUUUUAUUGCACAAAUGGAGCAGAAAGUUGUUCUCAUUACUGGAUGUUCUUCAGGGAUUGGACUCAGCCUGGCUGUGCAUCUCGCAUCAAAUCCGUCAAAAGCCUACAAAGUCUACGCUACCAUGCGGAACCUGGACAAGAAGCAGCGGCUGAUGGAGAGUGUGAGAGGACUGCAUAAAGACACUAUGGCCAUACUACAGAUGGAUGUGACAGACCAGAAGUCUAUACUUGACGCUAAGAGAAACAUUACAGAGGGCAGAAUUGACAUACUAGUAUGUAAUGCAGGUGUAGGUCUAAUGGGUCCUUUAGAAGCCCACUCACUGGACACUAUACAUGCAGUCCUGGACGUCAAUCUGCUGGGCACCCUCCGCACCAUACAGACCUUCCUUCCAGACAUGAAGAGAAAGAGACAUGGACGAAUCCUUGUGACCGGCAGCAUGGGAGGACUUCAGGGACUCCCAUUCAAUGAGGUCUACUGUGCUAGCAAAUUUGCAGUAGAGGGUGCUUGUGAGAGCCUGGCUAUACUGCUCCAGCACUUCAAUAUCCAUGUGAGCCUGAUUGAAUGUGGACCAGUCAACACAGACUUCCUGAUGAACCUGAAGAGGACUGAGCCCAGCGAGGAAGCACUGGAAGUUGACGCGCACACACGCAGCCUGUAUGAUCAGUACCUGCAGCACUGCCAAGCUGUGUUCCAGAACGCAGCUCAGGACACCGAGGACAUCAUACAGGUGUAUAAGGAGGCAAUCGAAGCCCAGACUCCAUUUCUCAGAUAUUACACUAACAGAGCCCUGCUACCCAUGUGCAGCCUCAAACUCACCUCCAUGGAUGGCUCUCAGUACAUCCGAGCAAUGAGCAAACUCAUCUUUUCUGCACCCAAUACAGAUCCACAGAUAUGAUGCUUAUACAUCCUAUAAGAUUCUUUUCAUAAGCCCUGAGGUAUGAAACACUCGAUAUUUACAAUUUCAAAAUGCUGACAUAUUAAGCUUUCGGCUAAAACUAGUACUGCAGUGUUUCUAAUGGCACUUUAUGCUAGAAUCACUAACAUACUCCUAUUAACUGUGAUUUGUACAACACAGAACCAGUGAAAAUAAAGUCUUUAUGAGUUUCGUCUACU